GGAAUGAGGCAUUGAUGGGGGACCCAGAGAGCCUACAGUAUGUUCCUUUUGCCUCUGCUCUGGACACUGGGUUCUGGUAUGAGCUUACUCAACGUAUACUCAACAUCUACAGACUGGAUGACUCACCUGUUCCAAUAUGGGCUUCCUAUUCAUGCAAUUUAGCCAGUGGCUUGCCUGCCCUUGCCAACCUCGAUUACAAAGCUUUCCAGCUAGAUACAGAAAUUCCUCCAGCCAGCUGCCCGCUUCAUGGCUUUCUAUGCAACAUGAAUACUUUGGAUGCCAUGAAGGAAAUAGACAAGGCAAAGCUCAUGAAAGACGCUGGUGACAAGCUUUGGGAAAAGAUCCAGUCUGGUGAUGCACUGCGCGAUCCAUCACUGUUGGUGCCAUUCUUUGUCCUCACCUUUGCCGACAUCAAGAAAUACCAUUACUACUACUGGUUCGCAUUUCCAGCAGUCUGCUACCCUGGCCAAACGCUUCUGUCUGAACCCAUAAAGCAGCUCUCUGAUGUUUUCACAGACAAACAGAUGACUGAACUGAAUGAAAGUUACAGCAACCUUUCUGGAUCAUCAUGCAGAGCAUUUUUUGUGAUUGACAUGAGUGACAACAGUGUACAGCUGGCUUCCCUGUCCAACAUCUCCUCCCUAAUUGCAAAGAAAGCCAAGUUCUACGUCUGCUUCUCGGAUCCAUCAACAAAUGAGAAGCAUCCAGGAUGGCCUCUGAGGAAUUUGAUAUCCCUCCUUGCUGUUCACUGGGGCAAAGAUGUUUCUCAGUGGCAACUUAUUUGCUACAGAAGACAAUCGAAGCAUGGGCAGAUCUCCUGCAGACACAGUCUUGUGCUUAGUGUGCACUUGGCUGACUUUACGAUACCAGAUCCUGUGAAAUACGUUGGUUGGGAGAGAAACGUAUCCGGACAACUGGGUCCUCGUAUGGUGAACCUCAGCAACAGCAUGGAUCCAGUCAGGCUAUCGGAGUCUGCUGUUGACCUCAACUUAAAACUCAUGCGAUGGCGUCUGGCUCCCUCACUGGAAUUGGAGUAUAUCUCUGCCACAAGAUGCUUGUUACUAGGAUCUGGAACACUGGGCUGCAAUGUUGCCCGGGGCCUCAUGGGCUGGGGUGUAAGGAACAUAACAUUUGUGGACAACUCAAAAGUGUCGUACUCAAAUCCAGUGCGGCAGUCACUGUACAAAUUUGAGGACUGUCAAGGAGGUGGGAAACACAAAGCUGAGGCUGCUGCUCUGGCUCUCAAGGAAAUCUUCCCUGUCAUAAACUCCAAAGCUGUAGAUCUCACCAUUCCUAUGCCAGGUCAUUCAGUUCCUGAGAAAGCUCAGGGGAGCACACAGGCACAGGUGGCCAGAUUAGAAGAGCUCAUUGCUGAACAUGAUGUAAUUUUCUUGCUCUUGGACACCAGAGAAGCAAGAUGGCUGCCUACACUAUUGGGGGCUGCAAUGGGAAAGAUUGUGAUCAAUGCUGCCGUAGGCUUUGAUACUUUCCUCGUGAUGAGGCAUGGCGUGCGGAAUGAAAAUGAGGUUCCCGCUCCAGCCGUGAUGGGUGUGCCCCUCAAAGGUGACCAGCUAGGAUGCUACUUCUGCAAUGAUGUAGUUGGUCCUACAGACUCAACGAGGGACAGAACACUAGAUCAACAAUGUACAGUGACAAGGCCUGGGAUUAGUAUGAUGGCUGCUGCUAUGGGUGUAGAACUUCUCAUUAACAUUCUUCAACAUCCUUUGAGGGGCCACGCACCGGCUGAGAAUCACACAGAUGAGCAGGCAUGUGCUCCAAGCGGAGGGGGAGAGAUGGGGCCGCUGGGUGUCGUCCCACACCAAAUACGGUGCUUCUUCAGCAGACAGCAUUACAUGAUUCCAUCGUGUGCUUCGUUCCACAUGUGCACGGCGUGCUCUCCCACGGUUAUUAGUGAAUACAAAGAAAAGGGGUUCGACUUUUUAUUGAAAGUAUUUAAUGAUUCAAGCUACCUGGAAGAAGUCACCGGUCUGAGUAAGCUCCAUGCGGAUACGGAUAUUGACGAGGUCUGGGCACUGAGCGAUUCGGAGUCACAAUGAAGCUCCCUCACUUAGCUGCGGUAUUCUUCAUUUCGGACAUCGGCUAAAGUAAUUCAGUUUCAAAUGAUACAUACACAUAUAUGUUAUAUUUUAUGCAGUAAUAUACCGUGCAUGGCUACAACUCUUGUGCACAGCUAACUUACACAAAUACGAAGAGCGCCGAUUGCAAAUAAAUUCAUCUGAAUCUAAACUUUUAGGAGCGAGAA